AUGGCAGCACACGCGCGCACUGGCGAUGUGAACACGACAACACGCCUGUUUGACAACACGCUGCAGCGCUUCGGCUUUUCCAAUUACAGCCUGCAGCUGGACAUGGAGGGUGCAGAGGCGUUCUUGUCAGCAGCGGUGGCAAGCGCCGAGAGUGGUGGAAGCCUGCAGGCGAGCGGCGUCACGGGCAGCAGCAGGCCGCCGACCUUGCCCAUGUACUCCACGCUGCUGGAGGGAUACAGCAUGCUUGGCGCUACGCCUCAGGCUACUAACGGCAUUCGCAGCGUGCUGGAUCGCAUCAAGCAGCGGCGCGUGUAUUUGGACGAGGCAACGACACAGCGGCUGUUUGAGGCAUUCAUGCGCGUUGGUCAGCACGAUGAAGCUGAGGCCCUGGUGCGCAGCGGAUUGGCACGCAGCACACCACUCCCAUACAAGGCCGUGCGUGCGCUGUUUGGAGCAUACUUUGCCGAUGGCGACCACGACCGCUUCCAUCGCCUCGCGGAGAUGCUUGGUGCCCCGGCUGUGCAGGACAAGUUCCCGCUCACCGUCAUGGCAUAUCGACUUCGGCUGCAGCGGCUGCUCGCCGAUAGGGACACGUGCACGACGAACCCGCCCUCGCUUGACACCGAUGUGCUGUGCGAGGACUUUGAGGCAGGGGAGGCGCACCAGCUGCUGGGAACAGAUCGCGUGAACAGGCAGGCGGCGUUUGUGCGGGCCUGUGCAGAGGAGCAGCGCACAGCAGAGGCCAUGGCGCUGUAUGACAAGUGGUUUCGUGGCACCAUCCGCCACAAUGGUGUGGUCACAGCGCUCAUGCACAUGUGGCUGGAGCCCCUCCUCUGGUCAGCGCCACAACAACAACAACAACAACAACAACAACAACAACAACAACAACAACAACAACAACAACAACAACAGCAGCAGCAGCAGCAGCAGCAGCAGCAGCAGCAGCCCCUUUUGACACCUGACGGGCGCGAAUGCUCACAGGAUGAACUGCUUGCGUACUGGCUGCAUGGGCGCUCACCAGGCUCUGCUUUAACACGUGCAUGGCUACAAGAGACAGUGGCAUGGGACACGCUGCUCCCUGCAGACUGUACGGCCGACGCGGCACUGGAGCGCGUGAGAAUGGCAGAGGCCAUGUUUGAAGAGCUAGACCGCGAUGGCAUCACCCGAUGGCAUGUGGAGCCCCUCAUGCGGUGGCACAUGCAAGCGGGCAACCCUGGUCAGGUGGAGGAGCUACUGGGAUACCUGCACACGCAUUCGCGAGCACCCGUGCCUUCCCGCAGCUACAUCUUCCUUGUCAAGGCAUUGGUGGUUGCUGGCCAGUUUGAAGUAGCACGGCGCGCGCUGCUGCACAUGGACAACAGCGGCCACACCGUGUUCCCCGAGCUCGAUGCAUAUGUUACAGCGUUUGCGCAACUUGCUUCCCCAGAUUCGUGACACCUUGCUUACAUGACCACAUGUGCACACGUGCAUGCGCGUGUGCGCGCUGCACGCGAGAGUUUGUGAUCUGCUUCACAUGAAUGCAGUC